CUUUUCCAAACAGCCAGGCCAGGGGAUAUGGCCCACCACUGACAUCUGUUAACACUUUCAUGGUUUAAUUGGUCUGAAUGGCAAAUCAGCAGGUACUUGAAGGGAAAAUGUUUGCUUAAAUUCCAGUGUGAUAAUUUUAUAAAAGACUUACUUUAUUCAAGAAAUUAGUGUUCAGCUUCCUGCCAAAACUAGCCCAGCACCUGUGCAGUCAGUAUGGCGAAGAGCAUUUGGCUGAACAUUCUGCCUUGUGGUUGAGCACCAUGCCAUUCGAAACUGAAUCAAGCUCUGCUCUCGCCUGCGGAAGUCAAAUCCCGGCAUGAUGGAAUCGGACCAGAUCCGAGAACCAUAAUGGUAACAUGAACACAACACAGCGGCUGUAGGGGGGUUUAGUGUCACCAACUGGCUUAUUGUCGCUGCAUCAGGCUUCCAUUCUUUAUAAGCUGUGGUACUUUUCUGCAGUAGGUGCCUGUUUGUGACCACAGAGAGACUUUGUGGUUUCUUUGGAUUUAAGUAGGAACCAUUCUGUAGUUUCAUGUUGGUAGUUUCACUCUUUUUUUUGAGGGGGGGGGGUACUCAUACACAAGAAUAAGGAAAUUUAGCAUCUUACAUCAUUGUUUAUUUAAAGAGAUAGACUUUUAUUGUUAUGUUACAGGGAUGAGGAGGGUCAACCUCUGUAUCAUGUCAAAACAAUGAGUGCACUUGCAGCUCACCGGUACCAAGAAUCUUGCUGUUUUUCAGUCGUAAAGGCCGCACCUUGGAGGCGUGGCGGGGCGUGGGAUUGCAGUGGUCCUGGUUGGGUUGAUCGCUCUGCACUGUCAUACAGACCAGUGAGAAUGAAGGAAGAGCUAUAGAGGCGAAUCAACAUGUUUUGCUGCAAAGUCAGUAAAAGCACAGAAGCAUAAAUCAACACUCUGAGAGCAGCAAGACACAGAAAAUAUGAUCUGUCUCCUCUCUUCAUGACAGUCUGAGGGGUGAUGCAAGGUUUCAAGCUUAAGCUGGAAGAUAACAGACCACUGUAGAGAGAGAGACACACACACACAGCAUGUAGUUCCUUCCAGCUUGUUAUGACAGCAGAAGAGGCGAAGAAAAGUAGCAACUGUUUGGUCAGAUAAGCAAAGUGGUGAGCUCUGAGUACGGAAGACGAGAGGGGAGAGAGAGUGAGAGUAUGAGAACAAGUGAGUGUGACGGAGGUGGGGGCGGAGGUAGGGGUGGAGUAUUUAGCCAGGCUUUAGUCGUUUACUUCUUCCGAGUUUCAACAAGGGCCGUCAUCCUGGACCUGUCAUCUGUGACAUUAAGCUCUGGUUUGCAGUUGUUGUGUUUUUCACCCUGGUUGGAUUUUAGACUGGAGGUCCUGGGUCAGAAUGUACCUUGUUUUUUUUCGUGAUGCCUUUCCGUAGCAGCCAUUGCAGAGGUAUAUCCACCCAAAGUUUAGGGGGAAAGUGUCAGUUUCGGCACCUGGGCUCUAGAUCACGCGGCCGAGGGCUGUGCCCGGCCUCCCUGCCCCGGCCAGAGGCACCUGCUGCUUUUUUGAUAGGCCACAUUUGCAGUACAGUCCCGGGGGGGGGGGACGGGGGACAUGAUGGACAUGGUCAACAACCGGAAGAACAAGGGGAACUCUGAAGAGGUAUGCAAGAAGUGCCCCACCGAGGUUCCCGCCUCACAAUUUGAGUGGCUGACCAAGUACAGAAGGUCCACCAAAGGGACCAGCACAGAUUCGCUGUCUGCCGUGCUACUGCAAACACCGUCAAGCAGGAAACAAUCUGGAAAAUUGUCACUGGCAGACAGAAAGGGACACCCAGCCAGCGUGGAGAACAACGUGGAUAGGAGAGGGAGGGGCGAGGAGAACAGGGAUGACCUGGUUCGCUCCUCCAGCUACAUGGUGUCCAACAAGGCGCAGAUGCUGGCCAUGCCACAGUUCGGCUUGCGGGACAACCUCAUCCGCUCCGAGCUGCUGAAGAAGGAGGAGCAGUACAUCUACAUCAAGAACUUCAGGUUUUUUCUAGGUACCUACAAUGUGAAUGGACAGCCCCCCAAGGAAAGCCUCCAGCCCUGGUUGGGUUUUCCCUCCGAUCCCCCGGACAUCUACUGUGUGGGGUUCCAAGAGCUGGACCUCAGCAAGGAAGCCUUCUUCUUCAGCGACACGCCCAAGGAGCAAGAGUGGAUGAAGGCCGUUUUGGAGGGCCUGCACCAAGACGCCAAGUAUGCCUUUGUGAAGCUGAUUCGCCUGGUCGGCAUCAUGCUACUGUUCUACGUGAAGAACGAGCACGCUGAGCACAUCAGCGAGGUGGAGGCUGAGAGCGUGGGCACCGGGAUCAUGGGAAGGAUGGGCAACAAAGGCGCGGUGGCCAUUCGCUUCCGAUUCCACAACUCGGACAUUUGCGUGGUGAACUCACACCUGGCCGCCCACGUGGAGGAGUUCGAGCGCCGCAACCAGGACUUCAGGGACAUCUGCAGCCGCAUCAUGUUCCGACAGAAAGACCCCGGCCUGUCCCCGCUCACCAUCCUAAAGCAUGAUGUCAUCCUUUGGCUUGGGGAUCUGAACUACAGGAUAUGUGAACUUGAGGUGGAUGAAGUGAAAAACCUUAUUGCCAAAAAAGAUUUUGAAACCCUGCAAAAAUUCGACCAGCUUCGCCGGCAGAUCAAGGAAGAAGCUGUGUUCUCAGGCUUUGUGGAAGGGGAGAUUAUGUUCCAGCCCACAUACAAGUACAACACAGGUUCCGACCAGUGGGACAGCAGUGAGAAGUGUCGAGUGCCCGCCUGGUGUGACCGCAUCCUGUGGAAGGGCAAGCAGAUCCAGCAGCUGCACUACCAGAGUCACAUGACCCUGAAGACCAGUGACCACAAGCCCGUGAGCUCGCUGAUGGAGAUCGGGAUUAAGGUGGUGAACGAGGAGAAGUACAAGAAGACUUUCGAAGAGAUUGUGCGGAAUCUGGACAAGAUGGAGAACGAGUGCAUCCCGUCCGUGUCUCUCUCCGGGCGAGAGUUCCAGUUUAAUGACGUGAAGUUCAUGCAGGAACAGACCAAGAUACUGACCAUCUACAACGAUGGACAAGUGCCAUGUCAGUUUGAGUUCAUCCAGAAGCUGGAUGAAUCCACCUUCUGCAAACCUUGGUUGAUGAUCAGCCCACACCAAGGCUUCCUGGCACAGGGGGAGAGCGUCGACAUCCAGCUAGAGCUGUACGUUAACCGUUCGACGGCCACGGAUCUGAACUCGGGCCGGCAGCAGAUAGAGGACAUCUUGGUGCUGCACCUGGACCGCGGCAAGGAUUACUUCAUAUCCAUCACGGGCAACUACCUUCCCAGCUGCUUCGGCACCUCACUGCAGACCCUGUGCCACCUCAGGGAGCCCAUCCAGGACAUGCCCCUGGAGACCCUGCAGCAGCUGAUACUGAUGACAAGUGAAGAGGUCAGCGACCCGAUCACGGAGAAGCCCCUAGACAUCCCCAAGGAGAUCUGGAUGAUGGUGGACCACCUGUACCGUAACGCUUCCAAGCAGGAGGACCUGUUUCAGCAGCCAGGUCUAAGGAGUGAGGUCGGAAAGAUCCGGGAUUGCCUAGACACCGGGACGCCGGAUUCUCUCCCGGGCAGUAACCAUUCGGUGGCGGAGGCCCUGCUCCUCUUCCUGGAUGCUCUUCCGGAGCCCGUGGUCUGCUACUCGGCCUACCAGCAGUGCUUGGAGAGCUGCUCGAACGCCAGCCAGUGUAAAAAGGUUAUUUCAUCACUACCUCAGUGUCAUAAAAAUGUGUUCAACUAUCUGACAGCUUUUCUACGAGAGUUGCUGAAAUAUUCAGAAUAUAAUCAACUGGAUACCAGCAUCUUGGCAACCAUCUUUUCCGCCUUUUUACUGAGGUCAUCAGCGAAGCAGGAGCAGGCAGAGAGGAAGAAGACCUGGGAUUUCCUCACGCAUUUCCUCAUCCCAGAUCAUUCAUGACCACAUUCCCGUGGUUUUGGAAAAACAUACACAUACACAGCUUAAUGUAUAGAACAAUAUUUUUAUAUAAAAAUUGGAAUUUGAUACGUGCAUAGAUAAUUUGUUGUACCUUCGUUUUCAAAAUGAAGUACAGAGCAGCAAAUAGUUUUAACAUGAGCUGUUAAUUUACCAGAAGACUUGUAGAAAACUGACAUUUUUAAAAAGUAUGUAUUUACAUGUUAGAUUCAGUUCAUUUGUACUGUUUGUAAAGUCAUUCUUUUUUUAUAUAUAAAUUGCUAGCUGUAUGUCUAUAUGCUUUAACUCCGUGGCUUCAUUUUGAUUUGUUAUAAUUAAAAUAUUUUAAUUUAAAUACA